AGAGAGAAAGUGCAUCCAGCUCUCAGUCAUUCAUCUCUUGGGGAGAGGAGAGGAAACUAAAGCAGGACGGCAAAAGAAACAUAUUUUAAAUCAAGAAAAAAAAGGAAGAUUCUUGGUUUAAUCUCUGAUUAAAGAAGCUUCUCACUCCAACCUCAAACUGCAGUUUUCUCUCAUCAUCUUUCUUUUUGUACCCAAGACAAUUUUGCUGUUGCGAGUAUUUCACAUCACUCCUUCUACACUGCAUGAAGAUAAUUAACUUCUUCUCCUUUUGCAACUGAGGACACUAAAACUACAGAUUUAGGAAUCAAUCGCCAAAUCUGUGCCUGUUUUUGAAAGGAUCCCUGCAUCACAAGCAUCUCUUGCAACUUGAAUGUCCUUACAACUUGGACAGAGAGUGGAGCCCUUCGAUGAAGCGUGCAUAAAGGGACCGGUUGGCUUUUUCGGGAGGUGUAGGAGAAGGCGACUUCAAGAGGACGUACCGGGAUCAGAGCGCUCCUGGAAGAGCUCCGGGAAGAGGAGGAGUGGGGCACGUCAUGCUGAGAGAGAGCAUCCUCCCAGCCUUCUCACUCCCUACAAACACACACCCUUAAGACAGCAGAGCUACAGUAAUCUUAUAAAGUUACUGCAGGUGGAUAUCAUAGAAGUAUUUUAAAUAACCUUCUUAGUACCACACAGUAAGAUUAAGACAUCACAAAAUUUGCAAAAGUAAAUUAAGGUUUCAGAUAAAUUCAUCACUGGGUUCCAUAGACAUACUAUAAGCCAUUAAAAGGGAUAUUAUAGGAAUAUUGUAGAGUUUUGUCAGAGGCGCACACAGACACCCAGGACGCCCAAGCACGCUGCCGCAGAAUGGAUCUCGCACCAAUCAGAGGUUUAUCUGAUGUGCCGUGAGUGUUGGGAGCACCUUGCCGCAGCCCCGGCCUGCAGCCGUGGUGCCACCCAGCCUGGCGUACCAGGAUGGACCCUGCUCGUUCCUUCAGGAUGGAGCUGGAUGGGCUGGACCUCCAAGAGGUCCCAGUGCUGUCGCUCGACCAGAUACGUGCCAUACGGGCCAACAAUGACUAUGUGGAGAGGCCCGUGACGCUAGAACCGGCAUCCCAGUCCGGAUUUUUCUAUGCCCAUGAUGACCGUUACCCUAAUGGAGUAUACCCACACUACCCCCAGGCUUCCUUCCACUCAGCCCUGCCUCGCAGCCAAAGUCAGCAGCAGCACGCUCACCUAUCCCACCUGAGCCGUUCCAGUACCAUAAGCUCUUCCAUGUCUCGGACCAGUGCCACUUCGGACCAGCGGCUACUGGCAGGCUUGACACCUUCUCACUCUGGCCUUGGUUCGGUGGUCCGUUCUCAGCCUAAAGGAGAACUCAAGCCUGAUGCUUCAUUGGGUAAAACCCUGACAGAUGACGAGCUGGGACUUCAUUCGUUCAUCUGCGAGCGGUGUGGUCGCUGUAAGUGCCAAGAGUGCUGCGCCCCCCGCCGCCUGCCUUCCUGUUGGGCCUGUGGACAACGCUGUCUGUGCUCUGCUGAAAGUGUUGUGGAGUAUGGCACCUGCUUGUGCUGUGUUAAAGGCCUGUUCUACCACUGCUCCGCCCAGGAUGACGAUGAUAACUGUGCUGACCGGCCGUGCUCCUGUGCUCCAGCCCACGCUUGUGCCCGCUGGGGCACCAUGGGGCUGCUGGCACUCUGCCUGCCCUGCCUCUGCUGCUACCCCCCUGCCAGGCUGUGCCUUGCCCUGUGCCAGUGUGUCCACGACCGCACGACGCGCCCUGGCUGCAGGUGCAGCAACACCAACACUGUGUGCCGCAAGAUCUCCGCCUCCAACCCAACCCCUGGUCAUCCCUCGCUCCGCAGCAAGGCCCUGGAGAAGCCGUUAUGACAGGUCUAGAUGGGGGCCAGGUAAAUCCAUUUCCCCUCAGCUGUCGCCAAAGCAACGCUGUUGCCAAUCAACAGUGCCACAGCUGACAUUGUGACGACGAUGCCAUUGUGACCCAAAUACCUACAUUCGACAAGCUGACAAGCCAACCAACCAACCAACCAUAAAGUGUUGUUCACCUAAUGUACCUUGAAUUUACUUCAUCUCCAGCUCAGGAGGGACCAAAGCUUUACUGUGCCUGUUCAUGUGGGAGACUUCAUAGCCUAAAACAAAAUCUCAUCUAGACAAAGAAGCUGUCGUGUUUUGCUGGACUGCCCUUCAACCUUAAUCACGACUUCCAGACAGAAAUCACCUCUCUCUGCAUUCUAGGGUGUAAUCUGGAUGUGUUAAAAUCUAUUAACGUAUUUUUCAACCUCGUUCCUCCCCACCCUCUGCAAAGAGAACGCACAGAGCACAGAGAUAGACCAAAUCAGGGAGGAAAGAUGCCUGUGGCGAUGUCAAUGGUCUAGGCCAACAAGGUUUCUUGCCUCUAUAAAGAGAUAAUCAGAAGAAGCAUGAGUGAUCGCGGACUUAGACCACAAUGACAUUCAGAAAACUCUUAAAAAGCUUAAAGAUCAUGAAUGAAUGAAGAAAACAAUGUUGUGCUACGGUGCAUAUCUGACUGGGACUGGGAGCAAAGCACCAAGGCAUAACGUGAGAACAAAGACACUUGUAGCACAUCUACAACAACAGUUUGACACCAACAAAGGGGCCAUGCACUGUACGAGCUGAGUGAAUUUAAAUGCUAUUAAGCUCAUUUUCAAAGGAAAAGCACUGUGAGGUAGAUGGACAAUGUUUUCCCUAGCAGCCAAGAGCUGAAUGGGUGAUUAUUUAACCGGAGCGAGGGUGCAUCCGUUGUCACUAGGCAGUGUGUGUGUGUGUGUGUGUGUGUGUGUAUGUGUGUGUGUGUCCUCCUACUGUAAAACAAUCUGUGUAUGUAGAAGCUGUGUGUAUGUUGUUCUGUCAGCAGAAGAAGCCUCCCUUGUCUUAUUUUUAGCACAGCUGCUUCAGAGGAGCUGAGGGUCUGGUCAGGUUUCCUCCCGAAGUCAGUCUGUCGCCAACCUCCCUCCUCUGACCGACCUCCUUCACUGCCCCCACCUCCAUCCUUCUCUCCUCAUCCUUUACCACAUUUAAUCCACUCUCCUCCAAUCCUCUAAUCAAAUGAUGUUUUCUCUGAACCAUGUUUGUGUCUCGCUCUCAUUCAAACAGCCAGUUAGUAUCUUGAUCCAGAAUGACAUAUGGUGAGAAAUCAGCACGAUACGAUAACAAACAAUAACAUCAUGAAAGUAAAGACUUUCCCAAGCAAAAGUAAUUUUUGCACAGAGGUGCAGUAGCUGAAUCAAGUAAUUUGGUUCUAUAAAGUUGUACUUGGGACAACUUACUUCUCAAAACAUUAAACUUGUUUUUCACUCUUAACCAAACCAAAAUAUGGUCAUCAGAUUUCAAGCUAACCCACUUUGAGUUUGAUCCAGGGGCCACAUUCACAAAACGUCUUAAGGCUAAAUAGUCCCUGACGAGAAAAAGAAGAAAAUAAUGGUCUUUUUUUUCAACUCAAGUGUGAUUUGCUAAGCUUUUUAGCAUUACAAACAAACAAGUUCCUGUAAGUCUCGGGUGUUAGGGGUAGUCUGGAGGACUUCUGAGCCACUAGGAACUAAAAAUCAGUCGCUGCACUUUGUAUUUUGCAGAAUUUGGAAAAAUAACAUAAGGAGCUUUUAAAAAACAACACUAAUAUACACAAAAAUACAAUUACAAGCUAACCCAACUAACGAAAAGCCAUCUGACAAUCCCUUCUGCCUCGUCCGUCUCUCCUCUAACGCUUAGAGGGCUAAAGUCCUCCAGUUCCUGGUCCACAGAGAGUUGAUCAAACAGGCAAUUAGCUUCAUGAUAGCUUUUAAUGGGCCAGAGAAGAAUAGAGCGUGGGAGGGAGGGAAGUGAGGGGACAGGAUGAGUGGAGUUGUGGUGUUUGGCAGAUGGACAGCUGAUUGGGAGAAAGGGAUGCUGGAAAGAGAAGGAAGAGAGGUUUUGAUAGAGAAAAAAAGAAAAAAGGAAAGAGAGGAUGUUGAUGUUGCUAUUGAGUCAGAUGGAGACCACACAUUUUUGAACGAAAUGAGUGUGACUUCCCCAUUUUCUUUAGGUUAAUAUGACUUUCCUCGCUUCGACUGAACUUAUUCAGCACUUCAAGUACAAUUCAAUUCAAUUUCUAUGUAAAACAACAGCGCAUGGUUCUUCUAUGAAGAAAAAGCUGAUGAAACAACACACACACAGUGUCAGGUGUAUGCCUGUCUGUAUGCAUGUACUGUACAUGUUUUUAAGCGUGUGUGUUGUCAUGUUUGGAUGCAUAUGACCUUUUCUGUGUGUGUAUCUGUCAAAGUCCAUCACCUACGCACACACACACUGACCUGAUUUCUUAAAUGUUACUUUGCUAUAUUUUUAUAUGUAAAUAUGGGCUAUUAACUGUAUAACUAUUUUUAUUCUGCUUUAUUUUAUUUCUAUGAGAUUGAUAUUAUAAUGGCUGUUUUCCAUUAUAGUGAACAUUUAAUUAUUUACUGUUCAAUGUUUGCUGUCAGGGUUGCCCCAAAAGUAGAAUUGAUCACAAGGACUUUGGAAAAUACUGCAUCAGUUCAUUGCUACAUCCCUUAGUGAAGCUCAGUAUUAUGGCUUGGUUUUGAACCUUUUUGAAUACUUUUUGAAAGAAAAUACAUCUUAAGCAUCAAGUAUCAAAAGCUAAGCUAUGAUUACCCUUGUUCUUUCUGCUGGCCUGAAAGCAAACAAAUAGACAACAAAUUGGGAUUUCUCUAAUAACUAUUCUCAGAUGUGUAACAUCAUUCACAAUAUCACAACCUACAUUUUUUUUUUAAUUCAGGCAAACAGUAAGUUAAACAAUAAGCAUGACUUUGUGAGGAAAUGUUUUGUUUUCAGGAUGUAUGAAUGUGGCCCCACAUGUUUCUGUACUCGCUGGUUUCACUUUGAUAGACAGGUUGGCAACUGGGGAGAACACACUCAAUUUUACUAUGGCUUUUUUUCUUUUUUUCAUUGUUGCAACUUUCUCCACUUUUAGUGUUACUUAUGACAUUAUUAUCAGAUGUACUGACAACCAUAAUCUAUGACACCUGUUAAUGCAAAUCACCUAGGUUGACAUUAUGUCAUGCUGAUGAAUUUAAAAACUUUUCUUUUUUGUUCACUUUUCAUGCACAAGUUAGCAUUAUUAACCACCAAAAGCAGAACGAGUGGAAGCAUUGAAAAAUGCCAGUUCCAGGAUGAGGUGUAGAAAAAGGGAGGAACUAAGCUUUCCUAAAAAGCUGAAGGAAGCUUGUCAUGGGAGCCAUUUUUGAUCAUUCGCUGGCACAUCCUACCCUGCAUGCAUGCUCUGUGAAUGACAAAACGCUUCAAAGCAGCAGAAAUCUACCUGGCGGCCAUGUGCAGACACUGCUGGUUCAACUGGUCUGCCUGAUAGAGGAAACAAACAUUUUUUCUAUUGUUGUGGUGAUUGAAAACAAUAAUGUGAAUAGAAAACUUUCAAAAUGUAACUGCAUUACUGUGGUAAUGGCCUCAGAUGGGACACACACACACACACACACACACACACACACACACACACACACACACACACACACACACACACACACACACACACACACACACACACACACGACUUGAGGAACAUUUAGUUGUACCCGGAUUGUUUUCUGUCUGAGCUGGUUGGCGUUACAGAGGAAACUUUUUGCAUAUGCUUUAACCAUUUUAGUUUCAUCCAUAUUCAGAGUAGCUUUAAAAUAUUUACAGUUUUCCUAUCAUAACCUUUUUAGUAUGCAAUGUUUUGGAUGUACUACAGAUGCACACAGAGUCGCCCAAGCAGUGCAUUGUGAGGUACCAGGCUAAUCCACUUCCAAUCACUCCUUUUAAAUUAGUGAUUUUUCAAAAGGAGAUGGUGUACAAUUUUAUAAUGUAUAUAUCUAAACAUCACAAGUAAAGGCCUUUUACUUACCGAAAAAAAAAUAAUUUUACAUUUAAAAGUGAUCCAAAGUAAAAUGAUGGGUUAAAAAAUGUUGGGCAGCUGAAUGGGGAGCUAGUUGUUAGAUCAUGGCGGGAGAAAGUUGCAUGUGAAAUCAAUAAAAUUAAAUGAAAAUAUCAUGUAUCUUAACACGAUAUAGGGGAAAUGAAUCUAUUGCUAUAGGACUUUUGAGAAAACUCUUUCAUUGGCAGGUAUUACAUGGUGGUGCAACUUCCACACCUCACUGCUGCCUGCACGUGUGUAUCUGUACGUAUAAAUAAAGCGUUCCAAUACAUCGAUAUUUUAAUUCCAAGGAUUUCCCAAAUAUUUACAAAUGUUUUUGACAAUUCUCCCUCAGAACUGGAGCUUGUGUCAGGACCAUGUUGGAUGCUGUACGUACGCAGGCUGCCACUAUAACCAUUCACCUUCUCCUGCUGUGUCUUAGCAAGCAUCGCUUUUGGUACAAAUUGGCAUCUUGUAUGUUGUCAAAGAAUUUAAGGAGAGUAUAUGGAAAAAUAUAUAUAGAAAUCUAUCUAAAAUGAAUAUAUUAUACAUGGAACAAUACACAUUUCACACUUUCUCUUUCAUUGCUGAUAUUGCUUCAUGGAUAUUUAUUUAAACGGUUGCAACAAUAGCGGUAACAAUGAUCAUGAGGAUGGUGUUGAUGAGUGAAGUAUUUAUUUUACAGUGGUCAGAGAAAAUGAUGAGCACCAAUGUUGUUGUUUGUCUUUUGAUUUGGUUUAUUUGUUCCUCUCGGUGUGGUGUGGCUGCUGCUAACCUCCUGGCUAAAGAUGAACCAAUAAAAAAGGAGUUUCCAAACGGAA